CGUGAAGGCCACGCAGCAGUCACGUGACGAUCCAAGAAAACGGAAAUGCAGCAGAGCAGGUCAGCUGAUUAAAAAAACAGCAGAAGAAUAGGAAAAUGACCACAGCAGCUCUCACAGCGGGGCUGGAGCGGAUUCCAGAUCAGCUUGGGUACCUCGUAAUCAGUGAAGAUGGAGUUCUGGCUUCUGCAGGUGAGCUGGAGAAUGAUGAGCACACGGCAGGUGUAAUAAUGCAGAUGGUGAGAACAGCGAGUCGAUUCAGAUUAGGAGGAUCAGCUGAUCCACCUUUUAAGCGCAUGUCAGUGAUCCUGGAGGACUUCGUCUACACGGUGACGGUCUCUGGUCAGAAAGUUUUUGUGGUCAAACGUCAGAACAACCAGCAUGAACCAAUCAGCGUUUAGAAGCUUGGCCAUGUGACCAUCGGAAGCAGGAAGUCAAACAUGUUUGUCUCUGUUUGAUUGUUGGAUUUCCACAAAGUUUUGUAUGUUUGAAUUUGUAUUUAACCUGAAAAUAAAGAUUUAAAAUGA